UUGCUUUUUUGGAGCUGAGUCGACUUCACAGAAGCCAUCUGCCGCCAAUGUGGAGGUCUCCUUGGUCAUGUUUAAUGCACAUGGUUCUUACAGUGCUUGCCUGGUUCAGCGCAGUGGCUGGACAAGAGACAUGGAUAUCUUUUUCCAGUGGCUUUCGGCUAUACCUUUUUCAGGAGGUGGUUUCAGUGAUGCCGCAGUUGCAGAAGGACUUGGUGAAGCAUUGAUGAUGUUUUCUUCUCCAAAUGGAAACCAAAGUCAACAAAACAUGGAAGGGAAAAAACAUUGCCUACUUAUUUCUGCCAGCAAUCCUUAUCCGUUGCCUACACCAGUUUAUCGACCACAGAUGCAGAAACUGGAGCAGAACGAAAAUACUGAAACACAAACAGAUAGUCGACUAUCUGAUGCUGAGACAGUUGCGAAGGCAUUCCCUCAGUGCUCUGUUUCCCUGUCAGUUAUAUGCCCAAAACAGCUUUCAAAACUAAGAGCAGUAUAUAAUGCGGGAAAACGCAAUCCACGAGCAGCUGACCCGCCAAUUGAUACAGCUAAGAAUCCAAACUUUCUUGUUUUGAUUUCUGAAAAUUUCAUCGAGGCUCGUGCUGCUUUUAGUCGCCCUGGAAUGACCAAUUUGACGUCAAACCAAAGCCCUGUCAAAAUGGAUGUGUCUUCUAUUCCACCAGUUUCUGUGCCACCAUCAAUUUCUAAUUCAGCAGCAAAUGGAUCUGUUAUGAGCCGACAACCAAUUUCUGCUGGAAAUAUUCCUCCUGCAACUGUAAAAAUUGAGCCCACCACCGUGACCUCCAUGAAUGGGCCUGCAUUUUCACAUAUUCCAUCUGUUCGUCCUGCUCUUCAACCUGUUCCAAGCUUGCAAACUUCUUCUCCUCUUUCUGUUUCUCAGGAGAUGGCAUCACAUAAUGAGAAUGUUCAGGAGAUGAAACCCGUAGUCAGUGGCAUGACACAGUCCUUACGUCCAGUUGCUGCAGCCGCAGCAAAUGUCAGAAUCCUGAACGAUGUUGCUCAAGCACGCCAAGCAAUAGCUGGGGCAACUUCUAUAGGCCUGCAAUCUAUGGGUGGCACCCCUAUGCUUUCAAGUAUGAUAUCUAGUGGAAUGGCAUCUUCCGUCCCUUCUGCCCAAACUGUAUUUUCAUCUGGGCAAUCAGGUGUCACAACAGUAAGUGGGUCAGUUCCAUUAGCAGGCAGUGGGCAGAAUACGCAAAAUUCAGCUCCUGCUUCAUUCACUUCGAGUGCUCCCAGUAUGUCUGGGAAUCCAAACAUUAGCAUUUCACAGACUUUGAGUGGCGUUAGUAUGGCUGGUCAAACAGUUCCUGGAAUGUGCCAAGGUAAUCUACCAGGCACACAAAUGAUGCCAAGUGGGACAGGGAUGAACCAGAAUAUGCUGACUGGGUUGGGUGCAACUGGUAUGCCUUCCGGAACCGGCACAAUGAUGCCUACUCCAGGGAUCUCUCAACAAGGACAGCCAGGCAUGCAACCUGUUGGUAAUAGCACAGGAGCUAACAUGCCUCUAUCUCAGCAGCAAACACCUGCUGCAUUGCCAUCAGCUCAAUCAAAAUAUGUAAAGGUUUGGGAGGGGAACUUAUCUGGUCAGAGACAGGGCCAACCUGUAUUUAUUACCAGAUUAGAG